UGCGGCGCCCCGGCCCGGUCUCUCGGCGCAGCCCGGCGGCCCCGGGCAUGGAGAACGCGCACAGUUUGCCGGCGGCCGCGGUGCUGCAGCGCUUCGGGGUGCAGGAGAGCUGCGGGCUGAGCCCCGAGCAGGUCCGCCGGAGCCGGGACAAGUACGGACCCAAUGAACUCCCUGCUGAAGAAGGAAAGUCACUCUGGGAGCUGGUGCUGGAGCAGUUUGAAGAUCUCCUUGUGCGCAUUCUUCUCUUGGCUGCUGUUGUGUCAUUUAUCCUGGCCUGGUUUGAAGAAGGUGAAGAGAUCACUACUGCAUUUGUGGAGCCAGUUGUCAUCAUGCUGAUUCUCCUAGCCAAUGCUGUUGUGGGGGUGUGGCAGGAGAGAAAUGCGGAGAGUGCUAUCGAAGCCUUAAAGGAAUACGAGCCAGAAAUGGGAAAAGUGAUCCGUGCUGACAGGAACGGAGUCCAGAGGAUCCGGGCUCGAGAUAUUGUUCCUGGGGAUAUUGUGGAAGUGGCAGUUGGUGACAAGGUGCCAGCCGAUAUCCGGAUCAUCGAGAUCAGAUCCACGACGUUACGGGUUGAUCAGUCGAUUCUCACAGGUGAAUCUGUGUCUGUGAUUAAACACACUGACCCGAUCCCUGACCCCAGGGCUGUCAAUCAGGACAAGAAGAACAUGCUUUUCUCUGGUACCAAUAUUGCAGCUGGUAAGGCUGUUGGUGUCGUCAUUGCUACCGGGGUAUACACAGAAAUUGGGAAGAUCAGGAAUCAGAUGGUUGCAACUGAGCCAGAGAAGACCCCAUUGCAACAAAAGCUGGAUGAGUUCAGCCAGCAACUCUCCAAGGUCAUUUCUGUGGUCUGCAUAGCUGUCUGGGUCAUCAAUAUCAGCCACUUCAGUGACCCGGUCCACGGUGGCUCUUGGUUUCGUGGGGCUAUCUACUAUUUCAAGAUUGCGGUGGCCUUGGCAGUCGCUGCCAUCCCUGAGGGUCUCCCUGCUGUCAUCACCACUUGUCUGGCGCUGGGCACGCGCCGUAUGGCCAAGAAGAAUGCUAUUGUGAGGAGCCUUCCUUCAGUGGAAACGCUGGGUUGCACCUCUGUCAUCUGCUCUGACAAGACUGGCACCCUCACCACCAACCAGAUGUCUGUCUGCAGGAUGUUUAUUAUUGAGAAGAUUGAGGGGAUCCACUGCAGCCUGCAUGAGUUCAGUAUCACAGGAUCCACCUAUACCCCGGAGGGAGAGAUCCUGAAGGAUGACAAGCCCGUUCAGUGUGGACAGUAUGAUGGCCUGGUGGAACUAGCCACUAUCUGUGCUCUCUGCAAUGACUCCUCUCUGGAUUAUAACGAGUCAAAAAAAGCCUAUGAGAAGGUGGGAGAAGCAACCGAAACAGCCCUGACCUGCCUGGUAGAAAAGAUGAACGUGUUCAACACUGAUACAAGCAACCUCUCAAAGGUGGAGAGAGCCAAUGCCUGCAACUCUGUAAUCAAGCAGCUGAUGAAGAAAGAAUGCACCCUGGAGUUCUCCCGUGACCGCAAGUCAAUGUCUGUCUACUGCACUCCUGUCGGUUCCAGCCACAACUCUGUUGGCAGCAAGAUGUUUGUCAAGGGCGCCCCUGAAAGUGUGAUCGAACGCUGCAACUACGUCCGUAUUGGCACUAACCGGAUCCCCCUCACGCUCUCCACUAAGGAGAAGAUCUUGUCCAAGAUCCGGGAAUGGGGGACUGGCAUUGACACCCUGCGCUGCCUCGCUCUGGCCACCCGGGACACCCCCUGCAAGAAAGAGGACAUGCAGCUGGAAGACUCGACCAAGUUCAUUAACUAUGAGACUAACCUAACCUUCGUGGGCUGCGUGGGGAUGCUGGACCCUCCCCGGAAGGAGGUGAUGUCGUCCAUUAAGAUGUGCAAGAAAGCCGGCAUCCGGGUCAUCAUGAUCACUGGGGACAACAAAGGCACAGCUGUGGCCAUCUGCCGGAGGAUUGGGAUCUUCUCGGAGAAGGAGGAUGUGACGGACAAGGCCUACACCGGCAGGGAGUUUGAUGAUCUCACCCCAGAGACACAGCGGGAGGCCUGCCGUUCGGCCCGUUGCUUCGCCCGAGUCGAACCUGCUCACAAGUCCAAGAUAGUCGAAUACCUACAGUCUUUCCAUGAGAUUACAGCUAUGACGGGAGAUGGAGUGAAUGAUGCCCCUGCCCUGAAAAAGGCUGAGAUUGGCAUUGCCAUGGGCUCUGGCACAGCCGUAGCAAAAUCAGCAGCUGAGAUGGUGCUGUCUGAUGACAACUUCUCCACCAUCGUGUCUGCCGUUGAGGAGGGCAGAGCCAUCUACAACAACAUGAAGCAGUUCAUCCGCUACCUCAUCUCUUCUAACGUUGGAGAGGUCGUCUGUAUUUUCCUGACUGCAAUCCUGGGCUUGCCUGAAGCUCUGAUCCCAGUCCAGCUGCUCUGGGUGAACCUAGUGACAGACGGGCUACCUGCCACUGCUCUUGGAUUCAACCCCCCUGACCUAGACAUCAUGGACAAACUUCCCCGCAACCCAAGAGAGCCCCUCAUCAGUGGCUGGCUUUUCUUCCGCUACCUUGCCAUUGGAGUGUACGUUGGAUUGGCAACGGUGGGGGCAGCUACCUGGUGGUUCUUGUAUGAUGCUGAAGGGCCGCAAGUUACCUUCUACCAGUUGAGGAACUUCAUGAGAUGCACAGAGGACAACCCCAUCUUUGAAGGCAUUGACUGUAAAAUCUUCGAGUCUCGUUACCCAACCACUAUGGCUCUGUCAGUGCUAGUGACAAUUGAGAUGUGCAAUGCUCUCAACAGUGUGUCUGAAAACCAGUCACUGCUGAGAAUGCCACCAUGGCUCAACAUCUGGCUGCUGGGGACAAUUGUCAUGUCUAUGGCGCUGCACUUCGUGAUUCUCCACGUGAAGCCUAUGCCUCUGAUCUUCCAGGUGACUCCCCUGAGCUGGCCACAGUGGGUGGUCGUGUUGAAAAUUUCCCUGCCUGUUAUCCUGCUCGAUGAAGGACUCAAAUACCUUUCCCGCAACCACCUAGAGGGAAUUCUCAGGACAGUCAGACACACGUGGAGUGGGGAGCACCAGCUGAAAACCUGCAGGAAUCCAGAUCAAACAGGGAGAAGAGGGCAAGAAAUGAAUGACAUAAAGGAAACUCACUUUCUAAAUAAAGAAACCCUAAGCUGUAACUCGGACUGAAGUCUUGCAUGUUUGACCAUCACUAGAAGCCAGCAGGACAUGCAUGUGUCCGACUAUCAGACUAAUGCGGGUGAAACGUUGAAAAGAAAAAUACUGAUUUUGUUUUUGUUUCGUAGCUUUUUUUCCCUGUACGUAAUGGUGCAAUUACUGGACAGCUAAAUUAGUUUGGGGAUGAAACUAUAUGUAACUGAGUCAUUGUAACACAGCUCCUUGGGGGUCCGCUCCUGAAAAGUUUGAGACCCCUUAAAAAAUAGCCCCAAUGUGUGAGCUCAGUAAGGCAUCUUUUGUUUUGUAAAAAUGUGGUAGGUGGGAGGUCGUGCUUUCACAGUGGUGCACAGUAUCUGUGCAUGAGCAGUGAUGACAGAGGUGCAUUCCAGAGCUGUGAUGUGGCAAAACAGACAGUAUCUCAGUACCAAGGAAAAGCUUAUCUGUGUGUAUGGGCAGGGGAGGUAAGCAAAGAAAGGUGCAUGAGGUGCAACAGGUGUGUUCCAAUUGACUUCCAAUUUAGUAGAGUGAUAUCCAUUAAAGUAUAAUACCUAGGUGGCAAUGCUAGUGCUCUGGAAGCCACAUUGCCUAGAUGUCCAGCUUUGGUGGUUUCAAUGUACCUGUUUCCUGGUAUAAUUACCAGUGUUGUAGAUCUUGUGGACAUGUAUUUACUUGCAAAGAUUUUUGUGGUGGAAGUUGAAACUUCCUCUAUUUAUCAUAUUAUUCUCCAUUCUAUUUUCCUCUUGUGAAAAUCUUGCACCUUCUCAGGCUCAUCUGACACCAAAGCAUGACCCAGUCCUCUUGUCCUUUCUCUUCUGUAUAACACCUUGUUAGCUCCCUUCCUGUGCUAAGCACCUCCGCCUAGACAGCUUAAAACAAAACACGGAAAUGGAGAACUCUGGAUCCCCCCUCAUCUAGUGCUCAUUCCUGAUCAAAUUUACUGACUAGGUAAAUCUAGAUUACCUAGUUUUUAAAAUAUGACUACAUAGAAGGUAGAAUAAAAGGCUUAAAAGGGAGUUGUCCAUUAGUUAAUGUCAGUUUUGGGAGACAAUUUGUGCUCCCAAUAUGAUGUUGAAAAAGGGAGAGGUGAUCACAUGGGAGCAAAAGUUGUCUCCCAGAAAUUGACAUUAAGACUUAUUCUACCACCUAUAUAAUCUUAUUCUUGAAACUCACAUAGAACAUUUGACCAGGAAUGGGCACUAGAUGUGGUAGGAUCCAAAGUUCUUGAUGAAGGGAAAAAGAUGCCUACAGUUCUCCUUCCUUCUAAACUUCACCCGGGUGUAUGCCGGAGCAUCGGGGUUAGUUAUUGCUUUGCUUUGCUGCUAUUUUGCUCCAUUCCUAUCUGCAUCAGUUUCUAUUUUAUUUUUUAAGUCUCUUAAAACCCCCAGUGCUUUUUGUCUCUCUUCCGUCCAGGCCAGCUGGCUGAACUUUGACAAGCUGGCUACCUUAGGUACAGUACGUGCCAAACACCAUCCUUUCCUUUCUCUCCAUCACCAGCAUUGAAAAAGAUGGGUCGCGCCCCCAGACCAAUGGGAAUGUACAGACUUGUUAUACUACUGAUCUGAUUUAAUUGUACAGAAAACCUUGCAUGAAAUGUUGUUACUGUAUUUAAUAUAGAAUGUACUCAAGGAAUUUUAAUAUGGAGCUUUUAAAAAACAAACAAACAUCUUUAUAAAUACUGUGUGAUUACAGGAAAAUUGUUCACGGAAAAAUCACUAUUUGCUUUCUUUGAGAAUUUUUCUUUUUCCAACAUGUUUUGUAUGUUUCAGUUUAUAGAGCUGAUUUAAUUGAGCUGAUUACACAGGCUGACUGAUUCUUUUUAGAGACCAUUUUCAAUGUGGGUGGAACUUAUCCUUGAGCAGAGGGUCAGUAGAUGAUCCAUACACCUCUUAAGCUCUCUAAAGAGGGUUUAAGUGGGACUUAAGUGGUGUUUGGGCCAUCCAUGCUUCUGUACAGAGGUGAAUUCCACCUCGUUUUAUUACAAAGAUCCCCACCACUCCAUGGCUUUCUGAACAGCCUUUGGAAAUAAAUGGUGGGAAUUUAAUCAAAUAUUUAAGGGCCACAUUCAGCCCUCAUGUAACCAGAGCAACUCCAUUGCCUUUAGGAGAACUGUUUCUGCUUAUUCCAGGGUUGAGAUUGAUCCUCAACAUCCUGCCCACCCUAUUGGGGGUGGAGGGUGUCCAUGGAAUGUAGUGCAACCAGAGCUGCCGAGUACCUGGUCUGUAAGUUGUCCCUGUUGGUACAUGUUCAUAUCCAUCAGAGAUCCAUAUUGGAUUAUGGGGAGUCAUGGCCAGAUCUGCAGCUCCUGUGAAUCUGUGUUGCUCUACUGGAAUUACAUUGAUUUACACCAGCUGAAGAUCUGACUUGUGACUUUUUUGGUACCCAAAUGUGUGUGUUUUCUAAAGCUUUUGAUAUUAUUUUAAAAAUCUGUAACAAAGAGGGUUUAAAAUAUUUACAAAACAUGUAUCUUGGGCAAGCAUGGGACAGGCAAAGAUAUGACGUCAGUAACUUUUAAGUCCUCUAUUAAAUUCCUUUUGGUCAUUUGCUUUGCCUCAUCUGAUGCCAAGAAGGUGGAGACAAUUAUGUUAAAUCAUUGCGAGGAAGAGGCAGGGGAAAUAUUAGUUUUUAUUGCACUGGUUUUAAUUUACGCUCAACACAGCUAAAAUGCACUAUGGUGGUUCACUGUGCCUGAUGAUGUUGGAUUGAAAUUGUGAAAUUACAGGAUAUGAAAUUCAGCAAAUAGAGUGCAACAACUCUCAGCCAUGUUCCAUGCCAUAGGUUUACUCUUCCCAGUAGCAGCAGGUUUUGUCUUAAAAUUCUGUUUGCCCUUUUCACUGUAAGCUUCUGGGUCAAAUCAGUGGAACCUACACUAAGGACACCUUCAACAGGUAUUCACUCUACUAAGGGUGACCUCCUUUAAAGUAUCCCCAUUUUCUAGUAGGAUCCCUCAUUGAAGGACCGUGUCUCAUUUUUUCUUUUGUUGCUUGUCAUUUGGCUGGCUGCUUUAAGACUGGUUUCCCGCUAGACGUUUUGGGGUUGUGGAGGGUUAUAGUUCAAAUAUUUUAAUGAAGUAGAAAAAUAUCCUUAGAUCAAAAUUAUUUUUCCUUUAUGCUUUGCUGAAGGGUCAGGAUAAAUUGCAUAGAAGUUAUUUCUUAUUUGUAUGUCACCAGCAGUG